UACUACUUGUGUGAUUUUUCCUAAUAACUUUGCUCCCUUAUUUUAGGGAGAACUAAAAGGGGAGAGCUGAGCAUUUACCCACGAUUGUUCAUGCCAUUGAGCUGAGCAUCAACAAUCUUGGUUUCUUGGAGGUUGAAACACCAAUGAUGAACAUGAUUGCUGAGGGAGCAGCUGCCCGUCCUUUUGUGACCCACCACAAUGACUUGAACAUGAAGCUGUACAUGCAGAUUGCACCUGAACUAUAUCUUAAGGAGCUAGUUGUUGGUGGACUAGACCGUGUUUAUGAGAUAGGAAAACAAUUUAGGAAUGAAGGAAUUGACUUGACACAUAAUCAUGAGUUCACUACAUGUAUGUGUUCGCCGUUGGAAGCAAAAGGAUAUAAACUUGGCAAAAAAGUAAGCUUCAAAUAAAGAACAUCUCCAAGGGCGAAGAAUUGGGGUACUUGAAUGAGAUGGCUUCUUAGUUUAGGAUUACAUUUUCUGAAAAGACAGAUAACAUUAGUGAUUUUUUUUAUGAGUGUAAUUAGUCUGACUCUUAUAUGUUGUUUGUGCUGGAAAAUUAUUCUUCAAGCUAUUGUAAUGAAUCUUCGGUUGAAUUAUUUAUCUUACAUUGAAAUUGUAUCG